GCUUCAUUCUUUAAUCAAUAUAUGAACAAUCAACCUACUAGAGAAAAGCUUUAUUCACAACCAAAAGGAUAUGGUUUUAGCCCUGCCUUAGAAAGAACUCGCAAACCUUUUGCUGUUCGUAACAUGUUGACGUUAGCCGGUCUUUUGACAUUUACUGGCAGUGUUUAUGCUUAUUCGCUCUUUGCAGUUAAGCAAGACGACUUUAGUGAUGUUCCCUUACCAAGUCAACUUCCUGGAGUUCAUGACGUUACUAAUGAGCAAAAGAAGAACAAUUAAAAUACUUUGUACAUAAUAAACCUUAUUGUCUUUUUUCAGUACAAGUGCAUCCUUUUUUUAUUUGCAAAGAGAGAAAAUAUGAUGGAUAUAAAA